CCGCUCCUCCUCCGGGCCUCCCGUUCUACGCGAGCCCCCGGCUUCGCUCGCGGCCUAGCUCCGGAUUCUGGCUCUGGGCUAACCAUGGCGAGGCCGUCGGUGCCCAGCUCUCAGAAGGCGCUGCUGCUGGAGCUGAAGGGGCUUCAAGAGGAGCCCGUGGAGGGCUUCCGAGUCAGCCUGGUGGACGAAGGGGACCUCUACAACUGGGAGGUGGCCAUCUUCGGGCCCCCAAACACUCACUACGAAGGCGGAUACUUCAAGGCUCGUCUCAGGUUCCCCAUUGACUACCCUUACUCACCGCCUGCCUUUAGGUUCCUGACCAAAAUGUGGCACCCAAACAUAUACGAAACAGGAGACGUUUGCAUUUCCAUUCUACAUCCUCCGGUGGAUGACCCACAGAGCGGAGAACUACCUUCAGAGAGGUGGAAUCCCACCCAAAAUGUCAGAACAAUUCUCCUCAGCGUGAUCUCGCUACUCAACGAACCAAACACGUUCUCUCCGGCUAACGUAGAUGCUUCUGUCAUGUACCGGAAGUGGAAGGAAAGUAAAGGGAAGGAUCAAGAAUACACAGACAUCAUCAGGAAGCAGGUCCUGGGCACCAAGGCCGAUGCCGAGCGGGACGGAGUCAAGGUCCCCACGACGCUGGCGGAGUACUGCGUCAAGACCAAGACCCCGGCGCCGGACGAAGGCUCCGACCUUUUCUACGAUGACUACUACGAGGACGACGAGAUGGACGACGAGGUGGACAGCUGCUACGGCGACGAGGACGAUUCCGGCAACGAGGAGUCUUGACGGGGGACCCCCUUCCUCACUCCUUCCGCCCUCUCCCUCUUUUUCUCCCCCUCUGCCCCCUCUCCCUUCCGCCGCUGCCUCCUCCUGCUGCUCCCGAUAGUAGCAAUAAACUAUCUGACUCUUUUACUUGAACCCAGGAUGGAUCCGGCUGAGACUUUGGAACCCCUGUUUGGCCCUGAGACAAAACAAAACACAAAAAAAGAGAGAACUCUACCUCAAAAGGGGGACUUGGUUUCUGCUUGGAGUAGCUGGGAAAGGGGUGGGGGGGUGGGAGGUACGCUAUUUCGUUUUUUUAAAAGGUGGGGUGAUAGAUCGACAAUUUGGCUUCGCGCGCUCCGUAGUUUGGCUUUUGUUUUUAGGAGGGGAAAUAGCAGGGCAUCUCGGGAGGGCAAGGGGAGCAGCUCGGGUGAAUCCGCCGCACCGUUAUUUCCCAGCGGUUCGAUUCUCGAUAGCAUUAAGGCGACGGCAGACAGGAGACCGCCGGUCCGUCGAGGAACCAGACGCAGCGUCGGCUGUGAGGUUUUUGAGUGCGUUUGCUUUCUUCUUUUUUCUUUUUAACAAAUAUUCAUUAGACCACAAUACUUUUUACUGAGAGUCGCCUCAAUGCGGAGCGAAGAAGGUAAGGGGUUCGCAAGCAUGUUCACCGUACUAUUCACUGGACUCUACAGAACCACUCCUGGGGAUUGCGAUGGUGGUGGUGGGUCGUCCUCCUUAGGUCCGGAGUUCAAAUUCCCCUUGUAGUCACUGGCAGGGGGGCAAACCUGCUUUGCUCACCAUCCUUCCACAUUUCUGUCCCCACAACGGAGAGGUUGCAUUCCUAAUUUCUCUGGGGCAAAGCGGGGGGAAAGUAUUUGCACCUCAGCUCUCUGUGUGCGUGUGCUUUUUAAACCGGGGAGCGGGAACCUAUUAGAAAGAAGUGGAGAGAUCAUCGGCAGAAAAUGGUGACUUUUGUGGAAUCGGUAGAGGAAAGGUGGGCUUUUUUUAAAGUAAACAAGAGAUUUGUUUGGGGUCUUUUUCCUUUGUGGUUUUGUUCUGUGUUCGGGAGGGGGGUUUGGAGGUUUAUUUUUCUCCCUCCUGGUUUUGAAUAUUUAAUAAAAGGACUUUGAAAGGAA